AUGGCAAACCAAAAGCAGAUGAGAACACAAAUAUUGAUCACUGACAUUCCCAGAGAGAAAUUCGACAGUAAAUGGCCCACCCAGUUGGAAAAAACCUUAUUUACGGAGCAGUUUCCUAAAUUACAGAGUAAUCUGCAAUACUACACACCAUUACCGUUUUUGAACAGAAUUGUAAUUAUCUUUGACAAUGAAGACGACACGUUGAAAGUGUUCGAGUUCUUGCAGGGACUUUUGGCGAAGGAGAGCGGCGGUACAAUUAAGUUGUUUGUGACUGAGUCACUUCUAAACAACCAGCGCCCUCGAUCACGUUCUUCAGACGAUGCUGCGGCGUUUCUAGGUGAUAGCUCUCCAGUUUUGGAGGGUCACCAUAGCAAGCCUCUUUUAUCUAUCAAUACAGACCCAGGAGUCACUGGGGUAGAUACCUCAUCGCUAAGCAAGGGAGGCUCUUCGUUGUCCCCCGAUAAAUCAUCGCUAGAAUCGCCCACUUUUCUAAGGCUUUCGACGGAUUCAAAACCAUUCAGUUAUCAAGAACCGCUGCCCAAGCUUUCUAGGUCAUCUUCAUCAACAUCAAAUUUGUCACUGAAUGGAAGUUCACAGACAUCUUUGCCUUCACAACUCGAGAAUAAGGAUAAACCAACAUCAGACACUAAAUAUCUUUUCGCCUCCAAGCCACUGGGAUUGACCAUUGACACUUCUGGCACUAGCAACACUACAUCGCAGAGUGAAAAUGGUGCAGGUGGUUCCGCGUCAAACCCUCCAAAAAGUCCAAGCAUAACGGUUAAUGAAUUCUUUCAUUAA